AAAUACUCUUCAUUCUGUUACCGCGAAAGCUUCCGGUUUGAACGUGACGUCGUUGUCUUCGUGUUUUCAGCCACUUUUACGUCGUAAAUUAAUUGAGUAGCGCCGUCUCGUCGCUGUCUGUCAACAUGGGUUUCGCGGGGAAACGUGCCGAGCGUCCUCCGCAGUGUCUGUUGUUUACGUUCCGCUCGGUGUCACUCAUUUCCGCUCCGUGAGAGUCGCCUCUCGCUAACGGCGGCGAUGUGUGAUGAGGAGGACUGCGGCUCCCGGGACGAGUGGACCCUGCUGUUCUGGACCUCCGUGGCCGUCGUGGUCCCGGUCGUCAUCACGCUGUGGUGCAGCGCGCAGCGCCACAAGCGGAAAACCUCCAUGAAGGAGUUCUUUCGGAAGAGCAAGCACGGCUGGCACUACACGGACCUGUUCAACAAGCCCACCUACUGCUGCGUCUGCUCGCAGCACAUCCUGCACGGGGCUUUCUGCGACUGCUGCGGCGUGUGCGCGGACGAGCAGUGCCUGCGGAGGGCCGACCGGAGCCUGCCGUGCAAGGAGAUCAUGGCCCCGGCGCGGCCCGAGCACCGCUGGGUCCGAGGGAACGUUCCUCUGGCCAGUUACUGCUCCGUGUGCAAGCAGCAGUGCGGGACCCAGCCCAAGCUCUGCGACCUCAGGUGUGUGUGGUGUCAGACCACGGUGCACGAUGACUGCAUGGACAGUCUGGCGGAUGCAGACGUGUGCGACCUGGGCGAGUUCCACAGCCUCAUCAUCCCUCCUCACUACCUGCACCACGUGAACAAGCUGCGGCGCCAGCACCCUGACGAGUUCACCAAGCUGGGGGCGUCCUGCGGCAGCAGCUGGACUCCGGUGUUGGUGUUGGCCAACACGCGCAGCGGCAACAACAUGGGGGAGGCGCUGCUGGGAGAAUUUCGUACCCUCCUUAACCCGGUGCAGGUGUUUGACCUGUCGCAGCUGCCUCCGUCCAAAGCUCUCCAGCUGUGCGUGCUGCUGCCCCCCGGCAGCGUCCGGGUGCUGGUGUGUGGAGGAGACGGCACCGUGGGCUGGGUUCUGGAUGCCAUCGACGCGAUGAAGCUGAAGGGUCAGGACCAGUUCAUCCCCAGAGUGACCAUUCUGCCUCUGGGAACAGGAAACGACCUCUCCAACACGCUGGGCUGGGGAGCCGGGUACGCCGGGGAGAUUCCCGUGGAGCAGGUUCUCCGGAACGUCCUGGACGCUGAGGUGGUCCGAAUGGACAGGUGGAAGGUGCAGGUCGCUUCAAAAGGCUCCUACUUCCGUAAACCAAAGGUUCUGACCAUGAACAACUACUUCUCUGUGGGCCCGGACGCUCUGAUGGCGCUCAACUUCCACGCACACCGCGAGAAAACGCCGUCCUUCUUCUCCAGCCGCAUCGUAAACAAGGUGGUGUACUUCCUGUAUGGCACCAGAGACUGUUUAGUGCAGGAGUGUAAAGAUCUGGAUAAGAGGAUUGAGCUGGAGCUGGAUGGGGAGCGGGUGGUGCUGCCCAGUCUGGAGGGCAUCAUCGUUUGUAACAUCCGCUACUGGGGGGGAGGCUGCAGACUCUGGGACGGGCUGGGGGACGAACCCUGCCCCCCCACUCGGCUGGACGACGGGCUGCUGGAGGUGAUGGGGGUGUUCGGCUCCUUCCACUGUGCUCAGAUCCAGGUCAAACUGGCCAACCCUGUGAGGCUGGGACAGGCGCACACUGUCAGGCUGGUUCUGAAGAGCUCCACGAUGCCCAUGCAGGUGGACGGGGAGCCGUGGGCCCAGGGGCCGUGCACCAUCACCAUCACCCACAAGACCCAGGCCUUCAUGCUGUACCACAGCGCCGAGCAGACCGACGAGGACGACGACGAGUCCAGCGUCUCGGAGGCGGAGAGCCCCACCCCUCAAGACUCUCCCAGACCCCCGGGGCCGGCUCCUCGCUCGAGCCGGACACGCCUCAACUCUUAGCUUGAAACAAUCCUUCGUUUGCUUCAGACCCGCUCUCUUCGCUCACACAAUCAGGUUUUAUUUUAAUUUUUUUCCUGGGGGGGGGCUCGGAUCUGUGAGAUUAAUUUUAUCUUGUAGCGCUUAUUUAUUUUAACCCUGAGCUCAGGCUGCUCCUGACAUGGAGAACGUUUUAUUUGCACUGAUCCCUCGUGCCGUACGGAGGCCAUAUAUAGUUAAGUGUGCUGUAUUUAUUUUAGCCGUUUUAAAACUGAAGCCACGUCUGAAUCAACAGCC